AAUGUUUUAUGCUAUUCGGUGUUCAGGAAAUGAAUGUAUUAUUAAAUGUGUAAGCUUUUAUAAACUACGAUUUUGCUCAAAUGCCAUCUGAGCUCAUUCAUUCUAGAGCGCCCUCUAGCGUUUGAAAAACCCGGAAGACAUUACAAAGAGGUAUUUCUCCUCUCUACAAAAUUUCUGACUAUGGGCCCAAGUACAGCCCCAGUUUAAUUCCCUCUGCACCGACAAUCAAAAGAAAACUUCAUUUCCCAGAAUGCAACGCAGUCACGUGCUGUAGGCUAAGGAAACCGAGCUAUCCGGGAAAAAUCUCCGAAAGAUUCUCUUAAAGGAAGAAAACGAAAGGCAGGAAGUUAAUUUACAGAAUAAUCAUAGAUAUUUAUGAUAGCUUUACAUCAUUUAAGUACGACGUGCUUGUGAAAGUGAACUGGACUCUUAUUCAAAUCCUACAGGCGACGUAAUGUAACUGCUGCACCAUUUAAGGUGGAACGGAAAAGUCGAAGAUCCUGGCGAAUGGGAAGCCAACUUGAUCCUCGUCCUGGACUGGAAUGAAUGAGUUGUGAGCUCCUCAUCAGAGGCUUUUACAGUGGCUCUGGUCGGUGUCUGUGUUGUAUCUCGACGCCACUCGCUCUGUUUUCCAGUAAAGGACAUUUUUUAUGAUUAUGGAUUAUGAAGGAAAGGCCAACUCCGUCGCGGAGCUCCUGUUAAGCUACAGCAGAGACCAAUCCGGCUGGAAAAUAUGCAAGAAAACGAGUGAAGUUGUGGUGUCCUGGAGACCAUCAGCCGAAUUUGCUGGGAAUAUGUAUAAAGGAGAGGGGAUGGUGAACGGCAGUCCUCAGAAAGUGUGGGAGUGUCUGAAACCGGAUCCAAACGGGCUUCGUGUGAAAUGGGAUGACAACGUCAAGAAGUUCGAGCUGCUUGAACAAGUUUCUUCAGACAUCACAGUGUGCAGGACUGUCACUCCGUCUGCCGCUAUGGGCAUUAUAUCACCUCGAGACUUCGUGGACGUUAUUUUAGUCAAGCAGUACGAAGAUGGCACAAUUACGUCAAAUGCCACUAAUGUGAGCCAUCCAGCCUGUCCUCCUCAGCCUGGCUACGUGCGCGGGUUCAAUCAUCCAUGUGGCUGCUUUUGUGUGCCAGUUCCUGGGGAAGCAGGUAAAACCCAGCUGAUCAGCUUUUUCCAGACCGAUCUGGGAGGUUUGCUUCCUCGUUCAGUUGUGGAUUCGUUCUUUCCUGCCAGUAUGACAGACUUUUACUCCAACCUCACUAAAGCUGUCAAAGCUCUCAAAUAGCACUAACAGCACUUACUCUAGAACAUCCUCUUAAAGUGGUAUCCCAUUACUUACAAAAAAAACCUUCUCUGGUUGUUUUACAGUGAUUUUAAUUUUAGUUUUGAUCGUUUUUUAAGUGUUUUACAGAACUUUGGAGUUCUCCACAGGCUUCUGAUGGAAAUAGCAGUAGAACCUGUUUGUGUCUCACAGGGCCUGUAGAAAGUUUUAAUGCUGCUACAGCAAAACCAUACACUUACAUACAACUCCAUGUGCUUCAGUGUUUAAACAGGUUCAUUUUAUUGGCAGUUUUGUAGUUUGAUUGUACUGAUUGAUUUUAAGUCUAAACAAAGGUACAUUUGGUCCUGCAGCACAGUUGGAGCUUUUCUGCUGCUAGAGACUGGACAUUGCCACUCUUUUGAGGGAAAACUGAUGUAGCUCUUAAAUGAGGGAAGAAACAUCUUCAAGUCCAGUUAACUCGACUUAUUUACACAUGCACAUGUGCAGUAGGGAGUGCUGAAGGUACUGUAUGUCUAAUCAGCAGUUACUGCUGUGUAGCGAUGUAUCCCGGUCAGCAGUUGAGAAGCAGACCCUAAACAUUUCAUACCUCAGUUUUUCAUAUAUCUGUAUUUUAUCAUGCAUUUGCCACACAGAAAAAAAUGCUGCAUUGAAUUAAUUCAAGUAUAUACAUCAUUUCCAUAUGAAUAAAAUGUAUUACAUCAAAAUAAUUACUGCCAAAUGUACAUAACAUGAAAGCCAACACUAUACUGAUGUGUUCUAUGUUAUUCAUGUGGAAAUUAUGUGAAUCAAUGCAUCACCUUUUUCAAAAAUGCAAGAAGUAAUGGUCAUGUGUCUACACAUAUGGAAAGAAAUACAUAGGCAUACAUGUUUUUAUAUGUGAGACACAUUUCAAAUCCAAUCGAAAUGUAUUCCAAACUGAAGUACUGAAGUGAACAGCAUUUAUCAAGUACAUUUUCAGAUCUUUUAGAUCGAUUUAUUUUACAUAUAUUUCUUUUUUAUGGGUAUGAACUAUAUUUACAUCUUGGAAACUCAAUUUAAAAAAAUCUAAAUGCUGUAGCUCUUACAGUAGUUCAUAACUAACUUCACUCAGGAGUUCAGUGCCUGAAGGGUAGUUGAUAAAUUGGUAAUUGUUCACGUUUAGAAGCUCAGAAAUACUCACAGAAGCUUAAGACACCGUCGAAAAGAAAAUUCACUGUUUAAAACAUAAUCACCAUGACUGCAAACGUUUAAGGGACAAUUCCACCAUUUUUUCUGCAUAAUUUAAUGUUUGAGAUGUAAAGUCAUUCAUAGUGGUUAGAUGUGAAGUUUGUUCAUUGUAGAGAAACUUACUAACUCUUUACAGUGGUGGUGAUAGGAACCAGGGGUCACCAUGUCUACAACACAAAUAUAGACAUUUUAUUUACUAUCCAAAGCCACCAGUGCACCUACAUGUGUCUUCUGAGGUUUUAGAUGGAAUGUUAAUGUGAAAAUAGUGAUAAUAAAAAAUGCUUAAGGGGGCUAUUUUGCCUCACAAAGCCCAGCAUGUAUCCCUCCCUCCCAGAAUGGUGCAUUUCACAUCAAACCUCUGGAUGACUUUGUUUAUAUCACAGUGUAAUUAUGUAGAAAUUUUGAAAAAUUGGUGGAAUUCCCCUUUAAUUCCAGUCCAUCACUUAAAGGCCUACAUAUUGAUGAUAAGUACUUUUUUUGACGAACCUAAAUCAUUUAAAUUUGUUUACAUUUGCUUAAUGUGAGUUGUAUUUUGAGUACUUAAGGAUUAAUUAGACUCCAAACAAUAACGGUACCAUAAAGAAAACAACAAAUAUUUACAUUAAUAUAGAAAUUAAGGCUCAUCACUCUGCAUGAUUCCACUGAGAGUUUGUUAUUGGGAUAGCCAAAUAUGCAGUUACAGUUCAGUAAGGUUAGUAACUACACAGAAGCCUUUUCAGUCUGUCCCCUUUUUUUAAUCCUUCCUAAAAUAUGCACAUGUACUGAAAUGUUAAAGACAAAUCUUGAAAUGUAUUGAUUUUGCUCAGUGACAGGAAUCAGGAAUCCACAGUGAAGAGAUGAGCUAUGAGGGUUUUUUUUAAUCGCACACAUAAUGUAAUAAACCCUAACCUAUUAGCAUUUUAUUAGUUAGUUAGUUGUUUUCAGUUAAAUUAAUCAGUAAAUUGUGAACGUAGGGACCAACCCACUUUCUCUCAAUUGAUGUCAUGUCAUAUGAAUAGUUUUGAAUUGAGACAUUAAUAUGGAUAAGGCUGCGUUUAGGCAUUCCUACCUAGUACAGUAGGUCUUAUUGACUUACUCAGAUUACAUCUCUGUAAAUGUACUGCUAAUUACGAAAAGGGAGAGAAAAACACUGAAUCAAACUUGAAUCUUUGGAAAAAGCCACUGCCUGCACUCUUAGUAACACUGUCAAGUUUUUAAACGAGAUAAACACCUGUGGAGAACGUGGAGAAAUUCCACCAAUUUUUCCAAAUUUCUGCAUAAUUGAGUGUUUGAGAUGUAAACAGAGUGAUUCAGAGUGGUUUGGUGUGAAAUGGUUCAGAUUUCUUUACAGUGGUGGUGAUAGGAACCAGGGGUCACCAUGACUACAGCACUAAUAUAGACAUUUUAUUUACUGUCCAAAAACACCAGUGAACCCACACAUGUCUUCUGAGUUUUAUUUGGAAUGUUGGUGAUGGGAAAAUAGUGUUAAAAUGAGUUUUAUUUGUAUCCCUCUACCAUGCAUAUAAAAUCUUCUCAAGUAUAUUUUUAAAAUAAUGUGUCAGACAUCAGGCUGUGUAUUCAUAACCAUUUCAUGUAAUAACUCUGUGAGGGAGCUUUUAGAGGUUUACAUGUGGUUCCUAUCACCACCACUGUGAACAAUUCAGACUUGACUUAAAGAUUAAAUUAUGAGUAAAUUGUGAAAAAUUUGUGGAAUUCCCCUUCAAACCACAGUGAAAUAUAGGGGGGACAGAAGCAGUGGUUAGUAAUAUCACUGUGAUUUUUACUGAUCAUUGAAAGCUUGAAUCUUUAUAAGUUGCACAAUAUAAAAGGGACCAGGUUGAUGCCGUAUACUAAAAAAAAAAAAACAAUGCACUGAAUUCAUUCUAAUUUCCACAUAAAUAAGAUAAUGUCAACACAGUUACGUCUUUCAGUUUAUGUAUUUUGGCAGUAAUUGUGUUAUUAAUUAUUAAGGCUUAUUACGGUCAAUUGGCAGGCCCAAAGUUUUAUUACACACUUCUAUAAGAAUAGCUCAGCCAGUUUGUAUUGAGGUCCCUGUAGUUCCUGAAUAAUAAGACUUAGUAUGUUAUUUAGUAUAUUCUGUAUUUUAUUUGUGUGGAAAUUUGCAUAUUUCCAUAUGUGUAUGCAUUUGAAUCAAGUAAAUUCAAUGCAUCUGUUGGAUUGUCAGUGAUCUGCUGUGCUGUACGAAGUCUGAUGAGUGUGCGUCUGUCUCAUUUCUUUACUGGUGUUGCAUUGAAGAGCAUGACCGUCUGUGUUUAGUCCUCAGUGAUAUUACUGUCAUUGAAUGCAUGUUCAUAGCAUGUUCAUGUUAUGCAGUGAUUGCUUUUUUAAUCCUGUUUUUAUUAUAAUUUUACUAUAAAAAUAUACUUUUUUGUCUUUGGUAUAAUGUUGAAUUACAAUAGCUGCCCAUAGACUAAGAGGUUAUCAGGGUUCUGGUUAUUUAGAUUAAGGUGCUGGAAACUGUUCAAGCUUCACAAACCUGGACUCAAACCACUCACGCGAGUCUGAAAGUUAAGAAUUAUCCAAAAUAUCUUGACAUUUCAUUACAGCAGGGAAGCCACACACCCCAAAAAUAGCUCUAUAUCCUCAGUGCUUUGCACAGUCCUUACCAGUCCUGACAAAGGGUGUGCCUUUGAAUUUGCACACCAACUUUGGUGCACUUUGACCAACAGGGGGCGCCACAGCACACAGAUCUUGCACAUUUUGUCCAAUUCUUUCCAACCUUGACAGUCUUUUGCGGUACAUCGUCCUAACUGAGCAUACACAUGUUCACAUUUUUCCAAAAUAUGUCAAAUUCACAAACUGUCAGGCUGAUGUUCACCAGAUUUGGCACGUUUUACACAAUCAUCUUUCUCUGUCUAUCAUCAACAGAUGCCCAGUCCACAAACAUUUUACAGCCAGCUAGCCUGACAUUCAUAAACUGAAUAAAUCUGAUGAUUUAAUAUGUUAUUUAGCUUCUGUCUGACAGUAGAUUUUCAUGUUUAAAAAAAACAAAAACGGGCUGUCUGAACUCCAGUGUACACCUACCAGACAGCACAGCUAUAGCACUGGAAGCAUGGCAGAAACAAUUAGCUGAAGCUCAUUUUACACUCUGUAUAUGUUGAUUUAGUGGAAUAAAACUUUCAACAUUAUUUAGUGAAUUUUUGACCUUUGGAAUUCGCCAGCUCUUCUCAAACUCAGUAUUUUGAAUUAAAAUAUAUGAAGUGAAAUAACUUAUGGUGUGUCAAGGAAUGUUAGCUAAGGUAACAGACAAUUAACAUCUUGAGGCUGUACUAUGUAAGAUUUUUUGUUACAGUUGGAAGAAGUAGCAUCACUGAGCCAGGAGAAAAAAUCUGAAAUAACAAUAUACAAGUCAGGGACGAGUUUUUUUAAACCAUGUCUUACGUCUUUACAUAUUAACGUCACACACACACAGUCUCAAUGUUUGGGCCUCAAAUUAUCUGGAAAUCAACAUUAUACUGCUGUAGAUAUGGUGACAAUAGUUGAUAAUUCACUCACAUCCUUAGAAGACGCAUCCUUCGCCAAGUUUAGACUGGGUUCUCUUUGAACUCUCUUUCACUCAUCAGAUUAAUCAGUUCGGGGAAGACAACUGAAGCACAACCCAAGCAACAGAAUGCUCUUCCGCACAUUGCAUGUAAUUACACAUUUCCACCAGAGAGGUCUCCAAACCCCAAAACUUACAUAGUGCAGCCUUAAAUAGUUUGAUCGACGGUCUUUCUGUGUAAACUUCAGGCCACCUUCAGUAUUUAUUAAAUAAUGCCUUGCAAAGCUGAAUAUCAAAUCUGACUGAAUGCUUGUUCUUAAUUUAUCACAGCUUAAACUUGUGCAGUCCUUCCUCAAAGUUCAAUAUGUUACACAGAUAAGCUAGAGCGCCCCCUUGGUCCCCCUUGGUUUGUGCAUGGAACACUUGUGGCUAUAUUCCUUUUUAUUAUUAUUAUUUCUACAUAGUCUUAACCUGGAGGGCAUGCUCUGACCAUGUUAUCUCUUGAUCAUUCCAAAUUGUAGUUUUUAUGUAUUUCUGUUUUUAAUAAUCAAGGAAUAUUUGUCUGAAAUCAGCUGCUGCUGGAAAAAUGCCUUUAUUGUAUUGUUAGUCUAAUAGAAAUUAAUCAAAUCCCUUUGUAUGAACAUAGUAAUUACACCAGCAUCAAAUAAAAGUAUGACCUUCUUGA